AUGCUUAUAUCUAGUCUUGUAAGGUCAUCUGCGAGACUCGUGCAAUCUCCCGGACUUCGACUAGUACCUGUAUAUAACUCUUCAUUAACUCUCUAUGGAAUAGGAGCCAGCAAAAAAUGUCGGCAAUUGUCUACGUUAAAUGGAAUACCUUUAGUUCGACAUGAAAGGAAGGGCCAAAGGCGCCUUCCUACAGUCCAAAUCCUCCGUGCGAUACGAUUGCAGAAGCAAUUUCUAAAAUUACAAGGAUUCUUUCGAUUGUAUUCAACAGAAACCCCUUCAAAACCGCGUAUACCUCCUCCCGCAUUACCUUCUACCUCAUUGCAACCACCAAGGAAACCCUUGCUUUCACGAUUUUUUUCCAGGAUAAAGAAUGUUCUAUUUAGGCAAAACAAAUUUUUGACGCUUGAUAAUGCUACAGCUUUCUUCAGCUGGUGGCUCGUCAGCCAUCUUGUUUGGAUUAUCCUUGGAACGACUACUUUCUUUUCUAUAUUAUUGUACACACUUAAUUCAGUGUCGGCUCAAGGGUAUUUUGGGAAAUGGAUUGGACAAUUAAUGACAAAAAAUACUGGUUUCGAAGUUGUCUUUGAAAGCGCGAUUGUUCCCAAUUGGAGAAAAGGUCUAAUUACAUUUAACAAAAUUCAAGUUCGAAGGCGGCCAGAAGUUUUAUCCACAAAUUUAGAAAAUGCAUCAGACAAGCCAGAUUAUGAAGAAGAAUAUAUGGCCUUGCGACAGAGUUACGAUUACGAUGCAGCACCCUCGGUCUCUGAAGACAUUCAAGUACUGAAGCAAGGAAACUAUACCCAAUUUGACUUGUCGAUAGACAAGGCUGAUGUUUCUUUUAGCUUUGCCAGGUUUUUGAAUGGAAAGGGAAUUGUUAAAGAGCUUGUCAUAAGCGGAGUUCGCGGUGUUGUUGAUCGACGAUUUGUUCAAUCGGAUCUUUCGAUAGAUCCUAGAUCAUACCGAAGACAACAUAAUUGGGGAGAUUUCGAAAUUGAACGCUUCAAGCUGGAAGAUUUACGGGUUACGCUAUUGCAGCCUGAUAAUUUUAGACAUUUCCCUGUCAGCGUCUUUUUCUGUGAACUUCCCAAGCUCAGGAAGCAAUGGCUAUUUUUUGAUGUAAUGAAUGCUACAAACUUGACAGGAAGUUUUGACAACAGCAUGUUUACGAUACACAGAUUGCAGCUCAAGCCAGAUUCACCUUAUAUGAAGCCAUAUGAACAAUCGCCAGACAUGCGACAUGGAAGGCUUAGAAUUGAUAAUCUUGCUAUUGAUCAUUUGAAUCGAGGGGUUUCAGGUGCCUUCGGAUGGAUUAAUGAUGGAGCAGUUGACUUUUCAGUAAACAUUUCUUGUCCUUCAGAACCUGCUCAAAGUUCGUUGAAGCGUUACAUUGAUCAGGUCUUAUUGAAUGCUAAGUUAACAGAAAAGAAAGAAUAUCCAGUUCCUGAUGUAUAUUUUGAUGUGGAUGUUCAAUUGCAUAAUCCAAAAGCGGCUAUACCUAUUUUUACCAAUCAAAUGGGCUACGUGAAUAAUGCUUUACUUCGACCGAUCGUUGCUUACAUUAAUUCAACCCGUACCUUUAUUCCUAUAAUGUGUCAUUUAUCAAAACCGUUGUCAGAUUUCGAUGGAAGCUGGACCUUUUAUGAUAGUGGUGUACUGCAAGAAAUAUCUUCGCAGGUAUAUGAUUCAUUUGCAGAAGACGUGUUAAAUCAGGAGCUUCGAAGGAAAAGAAUUCGAAAAGUUGGGUAUUGGAGUUUACAACGUAUCUUACAUCUCAUUCUAUUAUCUUUGCAGGAAUUAGCUCCUACUCCAGCGCCAGUAUCACACGCCAGUUAA